AUGGGCUGUCCUAACGUAGUCCAGAUCCUGGAUUUUGAUGUAUCGUUUAUUGAGCUCAAUGAAGUCUAUUUCAUAUUCAAGGCGUGUGAUGCCGAUCUGUCUCAAAUUAUUCGUUCGGACCAGGAGCUCACAGAGUCCCAUAUCAGAUUUUUCAUGGUCCAGUUGCUACGCGGUGUCCAUUCUAUGCACAGCGCCCAUAUCAUCCAUCGAGACUUGAAGCCGGGCAACCUAUUGGUAAACACCGAUUGCCGACUCUUCAUCUGCGAUUUUGGCAUGUCGCGAGCAUUUGAAUCACAAAAUUCUGACUAUCUGCGGCAACAUCUUAGCCUUGGUGACAAUGACACCAAUGGCUCCAUUGUUUCGACACCUGAUGACUCGUCGCAGGACCACUUUGCCAUGAAUGUCAUCGAUGUGGAAGCUGAUCGGCGAGACACCCCUCACACUGACAAAUCCGAUCAAGCUGCUUUUAUGCGAUUCUUCUACUCUGGCGGUGCUGAUGCUGGUAGCGAAGAAAAACCUCUGCCUCUUUCCAAGCCAUCUCAAAUUCAUUUUCCUGGGGCUCCCUUAACAAAUUAUGUGGCCACGCGCUGGUACCGCGCGCCCGAGGUGAUGCUCCGCAACAAAGGUGGCUAUACGCCCGCCAUGGAUAUGUGGAGCGUAGGAUGCAUAUUGGCCGAGUUGCUUGGCCGCCGUCCCAUUUUUCCCGGAUCCGACUAUAUGGAUCAGCUGUCACGCAUCAACAAGGUGCUGGGUGGUCCUUCUGAGUCUCUUUUGGAUCAAAUGGGCUCGGCCCAUGCGCGGCAUCAUAUCGAAUCUUUGCCCCAUUGUGAGGGUGUCCAAUGGUCGAAGCUCUAUCCUGGAUCUCCAGAGAUGGCUCUAGAUCUAUUGAACCGUUUACUUCAGUGGGACCCGGAAAAGCGGAUCACAGCUGGAGAGGCACUAGCUCAUCCGUGGUUCAAACGAUACUGGCAGGGCUCGACAUCUACACAGCUUCCCUCCCCUUUCCGACGCUUUGCUCAAGUCGAAAUGAUUCACACUCCUGCGGAAUUCAAAUUAGCCUUUGAAAACCAAAGUGAUACGAUCAAAGACUUAUGGAUGUCAAAUCCUUCCAAUUUCCAUCUGGAAACUACCUCUUCCGCUCAUUUUCCCUCUCCCAAGCGACCGCCUGCCGUGAACUGGCAACACUCUAGUCCGCAAAGUGCAGGUACGAUGAUUUUAGACUCUUCGACACCUAGCUCAUCGGGCCCUGACUCAGUUCAUCAGGACAUUCUCAAUGGGCAACUUCACGACGACGAGCCUGACAAGUGCCUGUCGGCCAACGAACCGACAACCAGUGACGAUGGCGUUAUGUCAUCCGAGAACUUUGAGAGUCUGAAGUACCUUAUGAAUGAGGUCCACAGCAUGAAACGGAGUUCGCCUCCCUUUUCAAAUUCAUCAUCUUCUCAAGACAACAACCAUACAACGUCUCCUUUCCCCUGCCCCAAUGCAGGCACCGAGUUUGAUGCUAGUAGCGAUGAAGACGGUUUGAAUUUGAACGUCAACAAUAUAUCGUCAGAUUUGAACUCCGGUGCACUUGCCAAAGCGAUGGUUGAUCUUCCGGGACAGCAUGUCCCCGUCUCCAUUCCACCUAUCUUUCCCUUUGAAGUUCAGGAUAUUUUAAAUCUUGAUAUGUUCUCCCCUGUUCUCCAGGAGAGCUUAAACUCUAUCAUCUAUCCGAAAGAUGUGACUACCAAACUGAUCGAUCUGUUUUUCCAGACGCUCAACUUGCAGCGUCAUCCGGUCCCUAAGGAUAUUAUUGAUGAGGCUAUUGAGGAUCUUUAUAAGGAUGAUACGCUGGUAACAGAACGAACUCUUUCCAGGUUCAGUCUAUUGGCGGCUGUUCUGGCCAUCUCCACUGUGUUCAUGUUUGUGGGCAAUGCGGAAAUUAGGGAUGCUAUGAAUUUGGAUGAGCAGUAUAUUGACCUAAAUGCUUCCAGACGCUUGUACAAUGCUGCGAAACUUGCUUGCCACACGUUGCAGGCACUUGGUCGUGAAGACGUUUUCUCAGUGUUGACUUACCUCGUUUUGGCACGGUACACAUUUGUAACGGGCAGUCCUCGCCGGUCUUACAUUCAUGUCGUUCACCUUGCUUUGGAAGACCUCCGUUGA